UCCGCCAUAAAUUGCCCAAUCGCGGCCGAGCGGGGAGCUUUGGCGUCUGUGCGUACGCUGGCGACAUGGCGGACCGGCUCACGCAGCUGCAGGACGCGGUGAACUCGCUUGCAGAUCAGUUUUGUAAUGCCAUUGGAGUGUUACAGCAGUGUGGUCCUCCCGCCUCUUUCAGUAACAUUCAAACAGCAAUUAAUAAAGACCAACCAGCCAAUCCUACAGAAGAGUAUGCCCAGCUUUUUGCAGCACUGAUUGCACGAACAGCAAAAGAUAUUGAUGUUUUGAUAGAUUCCUUACCCAGUGAAGAGUCUACAGCUGCUUUACAGGCUGCUAGCUUAUAUAAGCUAGAAGAAGAAAACCAUGAAGCUGCUACAUGUCUGGAGGAUGUUGUUUAUCGGGGAGAUAUGCUUCUGGAGAAGAUCCAAAGUGCACUUGCUGAUAUUGCACAGUCACAGCUGAAGACCAGAAGUGUUACCCAUAGCCAGUCUCUUCCAGACUCGUAGCAUCAACAGAACACGUGACUGAGAAAAGAACUGUUUGGAUGACACUAAGAGUGCUGCAUCAGAUUCAGUGUAAGCUCUACCAACAGCUACAGAACAUCACAUGCUUUGACUGUGUUACCUUUUUAACUAGUUUUCACCAUUUUCUGAUCCACUAUUAAUAAAAUAAAAAGCUUUAAAAUUGCAGUUGAGUCAUCCUCAAA